CUGGUGGGUGGUGGGUGGGACUGAAAAGAAAUCCGCGUUUUUGUUGACACGAGAUGAGCCGCUUUUCUUCUGUCAGUUGGAUGCGGACGUUGUUCUUUUGUGUGAACUGAUCUGUGUAACAGUAUAACAUAAAAGUCACAUUGAUCAGGCCAUGCGCUUACCGCUUAGUGGAGUAGGUUACUACUUUUUUUAUGGAUUACAAAGCUAAAUUAACCUGCGGUGACAGAGACAAUGUCUCGUCCGGAAAUCUCUACAUGUCUGCCGCAAUGUUCUCGGCGGGAGUUCUCGGAAAUGUAAUCGCCUUGGUCCUUUUGGAGAUGCGGCGCCGGAGGCAAAGUCCAUCCCUUUUCCAGGUGCUGGUGACCGCGCUGGUGAUUACGGACCUACUGGGUACCUUCUCCGUCAGUCCUCUCGUACUAGCCUCCUAUACACAAAACAGGACAUUGAUGGGUAUGGGUGAAAACGGAGCAGUAUGCAACUAUUUUGGGUUCAGCAUGACUUUUUUCAGCCUCGCCACUUUGGCCAUUCUGUGUGCCAUGGCUUUGGAGCGCUACCUCUCCUUUGGACACCCGUAUUUUUACGAACGGCACUUGAGAAAACGCUGCGGAUACAUCACCAUUACACUCAUCUACCUGAUCUGCAUCCUUUUCUGCCUAGCACCUUUCGUGGGCUUUGGAAAAUACGUUCAAUAUUGCCCGGGGACUUGGUGCUUCUUUGACAUGGUCCCAUUAGAAACCAAACCAAAAGUAUACGUCGGUGUGUAUGCGUCAUUGACUCUCCUCAUGAUUUCUACCACAGUGGUCUGUAACUUAUCUGUCGUAUACCAUUUAAUUAUGAUGUAUAGGAGGUGCAAAGCGCGUGUUUUAACGCGACGGAUACGGUUCUACCAAAGAUCCCUCUCUAUGACGGAGGAAGUGGAGCAUCUUCUGCUUUUGGUGUUCAUAACGGUGACCUUUGUCAUCUGUUCGUUUCCUUUAGUGCUCCGUGUGUUCAUCAACUUCAUGGGCAGGUCAAAUGAGAGCUAUGGCACUGAUCUCGCUGCUCUCCGCCUGCUGUCCUUCAACUCCAUCAUCGACCCCUGGCUCUUCAUCAUCCUCAGCCCCUCGGUGCUGCGCUUCCUCUGGAGGAAGCUGACACUGUGUAAACCCCAGAGGCCCCCUGAGGCCCCCACAUUCCCACGGGAAAAGGCUUUCCCCGUUGGGCCAAAACUCUCACUGCCAAACCCACCCAUGGAGCUCCAGAACGAGGAAGUGCAGAGAGUGGACAAGACAUAAUUUCAUGCAUAUGGAAUCAGGGGCCAAUGACCCACUCUGGAAGGAUUACAGUAACGGGACCAUUUGAUAUCAGCAGGAGCCUAAGUGGACACAGGAAGUGACUUGACAGACUAGACAUGCACUGGUUGAAGGGACCCCCUUACACAGUGUGUACUUGCAAAUAAACAUUUAGUGAGGUGCAGCAUUUUCACUCAUUGACCUCAUGACAGGAGGCUGGAAUAGAUUGAGGAAGAUAUCAGAGAUGUGGAAGGCUGUGGUGCUGACAUGUUAUACCCACACAAUAUGGAUUUGGGAUUUGGAACCGGACUUAGCAUUUUGAUGUGUCUACUUAUUUCAUUGCUUCAUUAUAUUUAUAUACAAACUUUAUGAUCAGAAAUGUAUAGGACUGAAAUGUUAAUUUGACCGAACUCCUCCUGGACGAAAGGGUCCAGUAUUUACUAUAUUAAUAAAAGUCAAUAAACAUAA